AUGGUCUCCGCAUUCGACAAAUGCGAUACGCGCCCUGCGCACAUCGACGCCAUACUCAACGGCCUCGAUCGCUACAACCCCGAAACCACGACCGUGUUCCAGGACUACGUUGUGCAGCAAUGCGAGGACCGCACUUUUGAUUGCUAUGCCAAUCUGGCUUUAUUGAAGCUCUACCAAUUCAACCCCCACCUCCUCCAAACCGAAACCACAACCAACAUUCUCGCCAAAGCGCUCACCGUCUUCCCAUCCCCCGCCUUUUCACUCUCUCUCGCCCUCCUCCCCGCACACACACAACCCUUCGGCAACACCUCAGACGGCAGCACGCAAUCGUCGGACUUUGUCGAAUCAGUCCAGAAACUCGCGCAUCUCAACACUCUGCUCGAAUCCGCACAAUACGGCUCGUUCUGGUCCACUUUCAACUCUGAUGAUUUGUACGCCGAUCUGGUGGCUGAUGUAGCCGGAUUCGAGGAGUUGGUGCGCGUGCGUAUUGCGGUCGAAGUCGGAAAAACGUUCCGUGAGAUCAGUGCAGAUGCGCUUGCACAGUGGUUCGAUCUUAAGAGUCGUGAGGCUUUGCAGAAGUUCGUCGUGGAUGUUUGCGGAUGGGAGGUUGAAGGUGCGCUUGUGCGUGUGCCGAAGAACAGAGAGAAUGAGGCGAGGUCAGAGAUUAAGAGUGAGAGGGUUGGAAUGGAUAUGUUUGGGCGGGUUAUUAGACGGGGUUUUGAGCAGCCUGCUUAA